UUCUCGGCUAAGAUGGCGGCCGUGGCUUUGUGCUGCCGGGGGCUCCGCAGGACGGGCUGGCUGCCCACCCUGCAGAUCGUCCGCCAUGCCAAGUCAGUCACUCGGCACUGGAAGGCAAUGCACUUUGAGCGGCAGAAACUGAUGGCAGUGACGGAGUACAUCGCUCCCAAACCGGCCGUCCCAGAGAAGUGCAUCACUCCCUACAUCAAAGCAGUCAAGGAGGAGAAUGGCUAUGCAAAGCUGUUACGCUGGCAAGUGGUGGAGACGUUCCGGGACAGUAAAAUGAUCGCCGUGUGUCAGCACAACUUUACGCCCAGCGAGGAAAUGCUGCUCAUGAAACACCGCCUCAGGAAGCACAACAUCCAAGUCAAGUUCUUCCCUAAUGAGAUUGUGAGACCCUACCUGUCAGUAUCCAAAUACAAGAACCUCCUUCCUCUCUUUGUGGGCUUCAAUCUCAUGUUAGUGAGCCCAGAAAUCAAGGUGAAGGAAAUGUUGCGAAUACUGAAGAACGUGCCACAGAUAAACCUCCUAGGUGCCUGCAUUGACGACACCAUCCUAAGCAAGCAGGGGGUCAUAAACUACUCCAAGCUGCCCGCUAUGGAAAUCACCCAGGGGCAAGUGGUGGGCACUCUUUCUCUCCUGGCGUCCCAGACGUGUGCUCUCCUGCAGCACAGCUCUGUGCAACUCACGGCUUUGCUGGAUCAGUACAUCAAACAGCAAAGUGGCGGAGCUGGGGAGACUGAUGGGAAGGCAGGGGAAGGCCAGGCUGAGUUGGGGCCUGCCAAGAGUUCUGCAGGCCUUUGAUGCCAGUUCCCUGGCACACUGUUUAUUAACCACAUCCUGUACAUAGAGGCUUAUAGCAGGGAGCCUGCCAGGAUUCAUCUCAGGUGGGUGCGGAUUAGUGGGAGAGGCCAAUCGCCUGUCUAAGCCAACAACAGAAUUAGCAGGAAAAAGAUCCUAGGGGACUAACCUGUCAGACUGGUGCUAAUGGAAUGUGCUACUGUUUGGGGGUGGAGUUUGCAAGGUGGGUCCAGUCCCCCUUUCUCAACCUGGAUAUGUGAAGUUAUUCCUCCCUCCACUUUCUGUAAUGCCCCCUCUGGUCAGUUGGUAAUGCCGCUGAUGGAUCAUCCCGAGUCUUCGGCAGUGGGAAGGAUUGUUCAGUGAUGUGGGGAGCGGAGCAGAUGGUGGCUGUAGUACUGCAUGCUUUCCAACCACCACCAAUCCAGCAGUGAGAAUCACUGGGCUCCGGGGGGGCCAGAAAGCACAUGGGGAAAUUCAGAGCCCCUCUCUCAAUUAGGGGAACUGAAAGGCAGCCACCUCUGGGGUGGAAGGCACCAACUGUUUAACAACACACAGUAACGCUCCUCUACAGUUUAAGACAGGAAGUGAAGAAGACACUGAAACAGCAGGCUAUGCUAGGGACACAGAACGGAGGGAUAUGCCUUCACAGCAGCUGGAAAGUGUAAUUCCCAGUGCGGGCAGAUGUACACACGUUAGCUCUGCGUAAGCUCCCCCCUAAAUAUAGCACUGUGUCCACCGUGGCUCGAGGUAGCCGCCUGUGUCUAGUCUCACCCAACCUCCUGUGGGGCAAGUCUGUGCGCCUGUGGCCACCCUGCUAUUUUUAGGUGUGGCUUGAGUAGAGCUAAUGCACAUACGUCUGUCCCAGCCGGGUAUUCUAUCUCCCAGCUGCUGUAUCGACGUCCCCUUCAUGGCUUGAGUGCGCGGUUAACCCUAGAGCAGGAUGAGCGUUUUCUAUGGAGACAUUUUUGCUGAUGGAAAAUGGCUUUUUUUUUCUUUCUUUUUUGCAAAAUAGAAUUUCUUGGGGGAGGAAGGGGGCAUCUGUUCUUGUUAAACUGUGAAAGAUUCUGGAGUCUUCAAUUAACUCCUGAAAAUAUUUGAAGACAAAUCUUGUUGUUGUUGGAAACAUUUUACAGAGGAGGGGGAAAAAGAAAACGAAAACGAGCUUGGCUUUAGCUAACAGCUCUGUUCUUUCAGAUGGGGCCCAACCGUACAGAGCUUGACUAACAUGGUUAUUUUUCUCAGAUGGGCAGCCCCUGCCUGUCCUCCCCAGGGGAGAACCUCCUGCUUCUCUCUCAUCUGUGCUUCAGUCUGGCACAGAACUACAGCCCAGUGCCUUCCUAAGAGCAAUGGCAGGCACCCUGCCCCACCCAAGAGCUGAGUUCCCUGCCUCCAAGUGCCACUGAUUUUCCACUGAGUCUGAAACCAAGCCCAGCCCUGCGUUAGCAGGAAGGGAUGUUAGCAAAAUAGCCUUCACGGUGUAGUCAAGUGGCAGCCAAUCUCUCCUCUUCGCUGCUGUUUGCAGGGGCUGGGUAGCGAUGGGGAACUGAAGAUGUGGAGAUAGAUUUUAACCCUGCUGUAAAUUGGCCUAAUACCACUGAUGUGAGUGGACUUGUGCCUAGCUGAAGCAGGGCUGUGGAUGGCAUAAAUCUACAGGCCUGCUGUAUAAAAUGCUUUGUCCUAGCAUUGUCAACACCGCCAUUUAAAUUGUUAUUGGACCAGGGCCCCUAUUUUUUUUCCUGAUCGCUUUGGCCUCAAAGUUGUGUGGACUGGGGCCGUGCAGUAGCAGUGACAAUACUGCCUAUGCCUCCUCCAAAGAUGGACAAACUCCCUGAAAGCGAGUUCUGGCGUGGGUGUUAACGGCUGCCUGUGCACAGCUCCUUCGUCUGUGCUAUUGAACUGAACUUGGCAAAGCAUCAAAGACCGGCCCCAGCCUGGCUGUGGGAGCGAAGUGGGAGGACUCGUUAAUAAACAUUGUUUUCU